GUACCUUGUGAAACUUAAAAUUGAAUGAAGUGUCCACGGUUUUGUGAACGAGUGGUAAAGUUGCAGUACAUGGCAGAUCUUAGUGAAAUUAGCUAAUGGAAUCUUCAAAAGACGGUGGCAUUUUCUCGUUAAAAUAGAAAUGGCAUUGCAAGAAGUACCGUUGGAAACAUUUCCUGCUAAGAAGAGAGUCAAACCAAUAGAACUGCGCUUCGAUGAUCUCAACUAUACAGUAUCAAUGGGAUUUAGAAAAGGAAAAAAAGAGAUUCUUCACAACGUGAACGGAUGUUUUCUACCUUGUCAGCUGGUAGCUAUCAUGGGUCCUUCUGGAGCUGGAAAAUCUUCCCUCCUGGACCUUCUGUCUGGAUACAGAAUUACAGGGGUGGAAGGGCGAGUGAGUGUCAACGGACGUCCGAGGGAUCUCGACGAGUUCCGACGAGUCUCCUGCUACAUCCAGCAAGAUGACCGACUGCAGCCGCUGCUCACGGUGGCUGAGAACAUGCAUGUGGCUGCGGAACUGAAACUGGCAAGGAGUAUACCAGCGGCAGAAAAACAGAACACUAUUGCAGAUAUCCUGGGCACCUUGGGCCUGACAGAUGCAGCGAACACACAAGCUAAAAGACUGUCAGGGGGACAGAAGAAGCGACUGUCUAUAGCCUUGGAGCUCAUCAACAACCCUGUAGUCAUGUUCCUGGACGAACCCACCACUGGCCUGGACAGUUCAUCGUGCUCUCAAUGUGUCUCACUACUCAAGCUGCUGGCAGUUCAAGGCAGGACCAUCAUCUGCACCAUCCACCAGCCCAGUGCAGCGUUGUUCCAGAAGUUUGACUUUGUCUACGUGCUAGCAGAGGGUCGAUGUUUGUACCAAGGAGCUACAAGAAACAUGGUCCCGUAUCUGCUGUCAGAAGGACUACCUUGUCCAAAAUACCACAACCCUGCUGACUAUGUUAUCGAAUUGGCAUGCGCAGAACACGGUGAAGACAAAAUAGAAAAACUUGUCAAAGCAACACAAAACGGGAAAUCAUUAGAGUGGUUUGAAAAUGCAGAAGAAAUAGCAACAGAUGUGCCAUACACUGAAAAGAAGGGUAUUCAGCUACCUCUGAAGAAAUGUGUGGGAGGACUUCAAGAAACCUCAAUAACUAAUCAAGUGUGCGUUCUUGUCAAAAGAGGCCUCAUCAAGAUCAAGAGAGAUAAGACGCUGACUCACAUGCGGAUCAUCGUAAACAUCCUGACAGGAAUCAUGCUUGGUAUGUUAUGGCUGCAGGUUGGGGACAAAGGCUCUCAAGUACUAGACAACUACAACCUGCUCUUCUCAAUACUCAUGCAUCACGUCAUGAGCACCAUGAUGCUGGCCAUCCUCACGUUUCCAAUGGAGAUGUCAAUUCUGACAAAAGAACACUUCAACAGAUGGUAUUCACUCAAAUCAUUCUUCAUAUCUGUCAAUAUAAUUGACUUUCCUGUUCCUGUGAUCUCAUGUGUGAUAUUUUCUGCAAUUAUCUACGUAAUGAGCGGCCAGCCUCUCGACCCAACGAGGUUUACGAUGUUUACCUUCAUCAGUUUGCUGGUAGUCUUCAUAGCACAAAGUAUUGGCUUCAUGGUGGGAGCCAUCUUCAGCGUAGUGAACGGGACAUUUGUCGGGCCAGUUCUGGUGGUGCCGAUGAUGAUGUUUUCCGGCUUUGGCCUCAGGAUACAAGACAUCCCCUUCUACCUGAAGUGGGGUUCUGAUUUGAGCUACCUCCGCUACAGUCUGGAGGGUUACAUCGCAGCCAUCUACGACGGCCGAGACAUGCUGCCCUGCCCUGACUUCUACUGCCACUAUAGAUACAUCAAGAAGUUCUUACUGGACGUAGGGUUCACAGAUGAUCAGUUCUGGAAUGACAUCCUAGCUUUGUCUAUGAUGUUGUUCCUAGUGAAAGUCGCUGCCUAUGUUUUGCUCAGGUGGAAAAUCCGAUCCAUGAGAUGAGAAUUUGUAUAUUUAUUUAUAACACAAAAUUUCCAUAAGGCCUAUUAGUUCACUAGUGUUGCCAACGCUAGCGUUGGGUAAGAAUUAGGUUUAGAGUACUUAAUCACUUAAAACUUUUUUCAGGCAGUGACACACAAGUGUAUUUUAAGCUGUAAUUGAAUUUAGGGUAGACGUCGAAUAAAUAAAGACAAUCCUGUGUUUUUUACUAAGACAAAAAAAGACUUUAACCAGUAAAUACUCCAUGAUAUUUACAUUCUUACUCUUUCUAAGAAACGUUAGCAUUGGCAAUAUCUUACAAAAUGGUCCUAAGGUCCUACAAUGCCAUUAUUGGGAGAUGGAUUCUUUGGAUUGUUGAAUAGGUAAUUGAGCUCUUCAUGACACUAUCUGAAGAUAGUUAAGAAUUGGGAUACAUUUACCUACUUUUGAAACUGUUUUAUUGCUCAAUCACCAAGGUGUCAUUCAACUGAAUACGGAAUGUGCAGUAGACUUCCUCUAUGUCCAAUCUUUUAGGUCUGGACUUUAGUUUUUAGUUUGGCCAAGAUGGUACAUACAAAAUAAUAACCAUUUAGUCUAAAACCAUUAAAACAUCGAUGGUUUUAAAAAUACUGUGGAAACAACCUUUUAGCCAAAGGUAUUGAAAAACAAGAGAUUUUAAAAUUGUUAAUAACUAUAUCCAUAUUACUUCAGGAUUGGAGAAAGUAUAAAAUCUAGGUUUUGGUAACUAAAAAACAUAAUAAUUUAUCAAGUUGCAAGCCCUGUUAAACAUCCAUGUUCAUCUUUCAGUUUAGUUGCGGUUUUAACGUUUGUGUUAUAGUAAUGCAAAUAUAACAACAGUUUAUUGAUUUUUGUCACUAUUCGUGUGGUUUUGAAACGUAUUUCAUUUUUGCAUUAACUUCUGGUACAUACACUUUUAGUUAUGUCAAGGUUUUAGCCCCAAGAACAUGAGGAAUUCUACUGAAACAUGAAAUAAAACAUUCCAAUAUAUCUUGUAAGUUAGUUGUGUUAAGGUUCCUUAUAUUGUGUAAACAUAUUGUCAAAUGUGUAUAUUUAUAUAUAGUUUAGUUGAUUAAGUUACCGCACUGAAACUACUGUAACAUUCGUUGAAUAGCUACGGUAAAUAAAAUCAUGCUCUUAUACUACUGGAUACAAAAUUUUUAUAGUAAAAAUUAUUUUUUGGCUCAUAAAAAGGUUAUCCUAGUAGCACAAAUAUGUGUUUUAUAAAUAUUUUAUAUAUUUAAAGUUGUAUUUGAUAGA